AUGAAGGCUAUCGUACUGGAGGGUGAGCCUGGUAAGGCAUCCGUCGUGUAUGAUCGACCUUUUCCUCAACUUCGCCCAGGUUAUAUGCUUGUCGAUGUCAAAGCUGUGGCCCUGAACCCAACAGAUUGGAAGCACAUAGAUUUUGCGAACGUCAAGAAGGAUACGCUUUGCGGUUGUGAUUUUGCGGGUGUGGUCGCUAAGACUGGUCAAGGAUAUACGAAAAGAUGGAAGGUUGGUGAUCGUGUUUGCGGAUUUGCCCAUGGUGGCAAUCAGUUACAGCAUGAGGAUGGAGCGUGGGCAGAGACAGUCGCCGUGAAAGCUCAGAUUGCCCUCAAGAUACCAGAUCAUCUGUCGUUCCAGGAUGCUGCAUCAUUACCGAUUGGCGUUUUCACAUGUGGUCAGGGGAUGGUUCAGGAAAUGGGCUUAGACUGGCCGAAUGAGGAGAGGCACAGACAGGAAGAGCAUGUGCUGAUAUAUGGAGGCAGUUCCGCAACGGGGUUUUUAGGUAUUCAAUUUGCCACGUUAGCCGGUUACAGGCCCAUCACUACUUGUUCACCACAUAAUUUCGACCUACUGCAGUCUCUGGGGGCUGUCACCUUUGACUACAACGAUCCAGAAUGCGUCGAAAAGAUCAAAAAGCAUACCAACAACAAAUUGAGAUAUGCUUGGGAUACCAUAUCGACUGACAGAACGGCAAAGCUCUGUGCCGACGUCCUUAUCCCUGGCGGUUCGUAUGGCGCCAUUCUGAAAAUAGAGGCGCCUCGACCAGAUCUCAAGUUCACUAGAUCUCUAGGUUAUACUGCGAUGGGCGAGCCCGUUGAAAAACCCAACGUUUCUCUCCCGGCUCAACCGAAACAUCUUGAGUUCAUGGGGAAAUGGGUUCAAGCAGUUGAGGAGUUGUUGACGAACAACAAGUUAAAGGUCCACAAAGUCACAGUAGAUCACGGACUGGAGAAUGUGUUCAAAGGACUAGAAUUGAUGCGACGAGGCAAAGUCAGUGGAGAGAAAUUGGUAUAUACAUUGUAG